GAAUUGAAUCUCAGCCAGUGGAACAGAACAACACAGAGGGACAGAGAGAGAAAGAGAGGGGAGAAAGAAGAACAGAGAAACAGAAAGAUUUUAGAAAAAAACAAGGCAAAAGAGAGGCAGAGAAACCGAGAGACGGCCGUGAGAUAAAGACAGAGAUAGGGAUAGGGGAGAAAGAGAGAAAGAGUUUCGGGGUGACCGAUUCAGGGGCGUUUGGGGUGCGCCGCACGUGGGAUCUCGGUGGGCUCUGUUCCUGUUCCACACGGGCCGAGACCAGGAGCUUUCACCGGCUUCACUCAACCGAUACGGAGGAGUUCCCUUCCCUUUUUCUCCCGCCGGCUCUCACAUUAACCAGAAAAGCUUUUUAAUUUUUUUAUUCUUUUUAUUUUUUUAAACCUUUAAAACUAAUAAAUUAAUCUUGGAUUUAUUUUUAAUUUUUUAAUUUUUAAUUCGCGGAAUUUUCCUCCCCCUUUUUAAAGAUGGGACUUGGUCCGUGUCUCCUGAUUCUGGGCCUGCUACACCUCCAGUCUGGUACAACUGCAUCAUGUGGAGUUGGGUGGGAAACAAGAGGCAACAAAUGCAUUGAUGUUGAUGAAUGCACAGACCCCGUCUGUGGCAGGUAUGCGGUUUGCUUCAACACCAACGGCAGCUACUACUGUCGGUGUGAUCCUGGUUUUCGCGUGAAUUCAGAAUCUAGAACCUUCACUGGCAUUGACGGAGUGUGUCGUGAUAUCAACGAGUGCUUAGAGACCCCCAAUAUCUGCGGGCCCAAGGCCUCCUGCCAGAACAUCGCUGGGUCCUACAACUGCACCUGCUCUGAGGGCUACAUCUCCAGCAACGGCCAGAGAGUUUUUCACAACACCACAGGAGUCACCUGUGCAGAUGAGGACGAGUGCGAGAGAGCUCCUCCAGUCUGUGGCAGGAAUGGAACCUGCACAAACUCACCUGGCACAUACACCUGCGCCUGUGAGCCUGGCUUCAGUACCCAUGGGCACAGUCAGAACCCCUGCUCAGAUGUAGAUGAAUGCAAGGCUGACCCUGAAAUCUGUGGAAAAGGGGGGUCUUGCCACAACCUGGAGGGCAGCUACACCUGUAUGUGUGGCACUGGUUACAGUAACUACGGCAACGCCCUGGGACGAUGCGUAGAGCUGAAUUGUGACCUGUACAAACCCACAGGUUCACCUGAACAGACUCUACCAGGCCUUGAGUACAUUGUGUUUCUAAUGAGAAACAACUGUUUGGAGCUAAAAGAUGGUGCGUCCGAUCAGCUUCAUGGAGAAAUGCUAUUAGAGAAACUCUUCACGAAGGCCAAUGACAUCAUGUCGUUUGGACCUCCCGAGACCAGCCAUGACGUUAGCGCCCUGCUGGUCUCUGUAGAGAACGCCAUGCGGCUGAUUGGCCCGCAGAUGAAGCAGCCCCGAACCAGGAUAGGAACUGAACACACAGAUGCUGAGUUGCUGGUGUGGAGAGAUAGAACUCCUCCCAAGGGUCCCGUCAGCAUCGCCACCGACCAAGUGACACUGGACAUCGACUGGGAGACCGCUACAGGGAACAGCUCAUACCCAGGUUUUGCUACGAUCUCCCUGGUGAGCUACAAGGGCUUGGAGUCCGUCACCAACCACUCCUUCCCCGAGCCGGGAGACGCACGCAAGGGGCACCGCUUCCUCAUAAACUCCAAGGUGGUGACAGCUUGCGUCAGUAACCCGGCAACGGAACACCUGGACAAACCCGUCACCUUCACCUUCUCCCACCUGCAGUCGCGGGACGCGAACCACACGUGCGUGUUCUGGGACGCGCAGCGCGGGGAGGGGGUGUGGUCACCACGGGGCUGCCGGAAGGUGAAGUCCAACGCCACGCACACCGCGUGCGCCUGCUCUCACCUGAGCAGCUUCGCCGUCCUGAUGUCACUCCAGGACUACCAGCAUACGUUCCAGCUGCAGCUGAUCACCUGGGUGGGGCUGUCGGUGUCGCUGGUGUGCCUCCUGCUCUGCAUCGUCACCUUUCGCUUCUGCCGGUCCAUUCAGGGAACGCGCAACACCAUCCACCUCCACCUGUGCGUCUGCCUCUUCGUCGCCGACCUCGUCUUCCUCGCUGGCAUCUCCCGCACGGAGAACAAGGUGGGCUGUGGGAUUGUGGCAGGGGUCCUGCAUUACUUCUUCCUGGCAGCGUUCUGCUGGAUGUUGCUGGAGGGGGUUCAGCUGUACCGCAUGGUGGUUCUGGUGUUCCACACCGUACUGCGGCCGCUCGUCAUGUUUGCCGUCGGAUACGGCGUUCCCGCGGUGAUCAUCGCCGUCUCCGCCUUGGCCAAUGCACAGGGAUACGGCACAGACAGCCACUGCUGGCUGAACCUGGAGAAUGGGUUCAUCUGGAGCUUCUUUGGACCCGUCUGCAUCAUCAUCAUCGUCAACGCCAUGUUCUUCAUCAUCACUGUGUGGAAGCUGGCCCAGAAGUUCUCCAGUCUCAAUCCAGACAUGACCAGCCUGCGCAAGAUCAAGACGUUCACAGUCACUGCCAUCGCCCAGCUGUGUGUGCUGGGAACCAUGUGGAUUUUCGGCUGUUUCCAGUUCGAGGGGAGCACGCUGGUUGCCUCUUACCUCUUCACCAUCUUUAACAGCCUACAGGGGGCGCUGGUGUUCAUCAUGCAUUGCCUCCUCUCCAAACAGGUUAGAGAGGAGUAUGCCAGGCUCCUGCCCUGUAUCUGCAAAGACUUGUCAGAGAAGAAGAAGUACUCAGAGUUCAGCAGCAGCAACCAGUCCAGCAGUGUCCACCAGGCACUCAGAACACUGGGGAGUGGUCAGAACACUGGGGAGUCACAGAUCUGAGGUGGUCCACCACUGUCCCAUGAUGCUUUGCACUCUGCCCCAUGUGACCCUGGUGUGACCCCUGCCAUAUUGUACAAGCUUCCUGCGCAACAGUGCUUCAAACCCAACCAACAAAAAUCCAGCCAGACCUGUACUAUAAGGGGAAUUCCACGCUGGGUUUUUCUUUCAUUCGUAGAAGAGUAGCU